CCUCCUGCCUUCAUCUCUACAUAACCUUCCUCAACCCUCCAAAAUUUCGAAACGCCUCUAUUCUAUCAAGACAUCGUCUCAAAAAAGAGGAAAAAAAGAGGUCAGAUCUCAAGAUGGGUUCGAUUCCGAGCGAGACCCUGGUGGCUCCGACCCAAGUCCCCGACGAGUACGAAACCAUGUUAUACGCCAUGCAACUCGCUAGCGCGGCCGAGCUGCCCAUGGUCCUCAAGACGGCUCUCGAGCUCGAUGUCCUCGAGAUCAUGGCCAAGGCCGGGCCCGGCGCGUGCCUCUCUCCCCGUGAGAUCGCGUCUCAACUCCCGACCAAGAACCCGGAUGCGCCCACGAUGCUCGAUCGGAUCUUGCGCCUCCUUGCGACCCACUCCGUUGUCACGUGCACCAUGCACAAGCUCCCCGACGGCCGAGCCGAGAGGCUCUACGGGAUCGCUCCGGUUUGCAAGUUCUUGACCAAGAACGAGGAUGGUGUUUCGGUCGCCUCUUUGUGUCUCAUGAACCACGAUAAAGUCCUCAUGGAAAGCUGGUACCACUUGAAAGAUGCAGUUCUUGAAGGAGGAGUCUCGUUCGACAGGGCAUAUGGAAUGAAUGCAUUCGAAUACACCCGUACCGAUCCGAGAUUCAACAAAGUAUUCAACAAAGCCAUGUCCGAUGUUUCGACCAUCACCAUGAAGGAGGUCCUUGAGACGUACAAAGGCUUCGACGGCCUCAAGUCGGUGGUCGACAUAGGAGGUGGAACUGGCGCUGUCCUGAACAUGAUUGUCUCCAAGUACCCCUCCAUUAAGGGCAUCAACUUUGAUUUGCCUCACGUCAUUGCCAAUGCUCCGUCCUAUCCCGGCGUCGAGCAUGUUGGAGGAGAUAUGUUCGUUAGUGUUCCUACAGGAGAUGCAAUUUUCAUGAAGUGGAUAUGUCACGAUUGGAGCGAUGAGCAUUGCCUGAAGUUCUUGAAGAAUUGCUACAACGCCCUCCCUGAGCACGGGAAGGUCAUAGUGGCCGACUGCAUCCUUCCCGAACUCCCGGACACGAGCUUCGCGACCAAGGUAGCCUUUCAUGCCGACCUGAUCAUGAUGGCGCACAACCCCGGCGGGAAAGAGCGGACGGAGAAGGAGUUUGAGGCACUGGCCAAGGCUGCGGGGUUCAAGCGCUUCCGCAUCGCGUGCGUUGCCUUUGAUCACGUCAUGGAAUUCCUCAAGAACUAAGGGUAGAUUGAGCCAAUGGGUCCGAAUGUGGAGACGUAUUGGACGAUGGAGCAUGAUUUUUAGCUUCUUGUGAUUAAGAAGAGCAUAACAAAAAUGAUGGACCGAAUGUCGACUUAUUUUACUUGAUGAUGUGAUUGGAGAAUGCAAAAGAUGUUAUGAACAAUUCAGUUGCCGAAUUGCAAAUUCCAAUCCUAAGUUGUGUCAAAUAUUACCGAA